CAGCCGCAGGAGCCAAUGGGGAUGGCGGGGCGGGCGCGGACCUGCGGCCAUGGCGGCGCUGGCGCGGGGCCUGGUGCGCGCGGGACCACUACGCGCGUGGGGGGCGCGCGCGGGGCAGAGGUGGUACACGGUGCCCGGCGGGCAGGACGGGGAGGUGGGCAAGGCCCAGUGGGCAGCGGCAGCGGGCGAGGAGCAGCCCACCAUCUUCAGCAAAAUCAUCGCCCGCAGCGUGCCCGCCACCGUGCUCUACGAGGAUGACAAGUGCAUGGCCUUUCGGGACGUGGCCCCGCAGGCGCCCGUCCACUUCCUGGUGAUCCCCAAGCGGCCCAUCGCCCGCAUCAGCCGCGUGGGCCCCGAGGACACCGAGCUCCUGGGGCACCUGCUGGUGGUGGCCAGCCGCACGGCACAGGCGGAGGGACUGGCCCGCGGCUACCGAGUGGUCAUCAACGACGGGGAGCACGGCGCCCAGUCCGUCUACCACCUGCACCUGCACGUGCUGGGCGGGCGGCAGCUGGCCUGGCCGCCGGGCUGAGCCUCCCCGAGCCCCCCAAUAAAGCGUGACCGGCCUGGGCCAGUGCCGCCGUGCAAAACGCA